GAAUGCUCUCUGAAGGAAAUAGUCCCAGCAGCUCUAAAUACUAUUAGCACACAGUUCAUGUUGCUGGAUCAGGGAAAGAUAAUGGUGGAGGGUCAACGGAAAACAAGCCUAGCACUAGUUGCAGAUGAAACUGCUGCUGUUCACUUUCAGUUAUGGGGGAUUGAAUGUGAUGCCUUCCAGCCAGGUGAUAUAAUCCGUCUGACCAAUGGCAUUUUUUCUUAUAAUCGAGACAAUCUUGGAUUGAGAGCUGGAAAGAGAGGUAAAAUUGAGAAGGUGGGGGAGUUCACCAUGGUAUUUGUUGAGACACCUAACAUGAGUGAGAUCUGUUGGAGUCCUGACUCGAAUAAUUCUAAGAAAUUCUUACAGGGGGCUGUAAUUUCUCCAUACUCAUCCAUUUUUCCACCACCAAUGCCCUAGAAUUUGUCACCAAUGGAUGUUGGUCGAACCAUUCCUGGAGUAUUGAAAUUGCAGAAUUGUGUCUUGCAUCUCCAUCUGUAUAGCAUGGAUACAGGUGCAGGAGUAUAACUUUUUCUUUCAAUCCUUAAGCUAUUAUUUUACACUUUUUUUUUUAUGUCAAUAGAAUCUGUAUAUGAAU